AUGUAUUGGAAUAUCUAUACAACACUCAAGCAUACAAUCAAUCCGGGUGGCCUGUUACCCUACCUUGUUAUCACCACGCACUGUCAUUUCGACCAUAUUCUGGGUCUUGGUCUACUACCCCCUACCGACUCGGACCUGCAACACCGGAACGUUGACCAGAGAAAAGGGCCACAAACUACAGUCCUUUCCUCGGCACAUAGCAUGGAUGAUCUAAGCCCUUGGAAGCGUAUAUGCUGUCACUCGCUCGCCAAGAACUUUCGCGCUACAGAAUGUCCAUAUUACUCUAUUGGAAUGUGGGCGUCAGAUUACCAGGAUGUCGUGUACUCCCCUAGCACUACUGUGAAAAUACCAACGGGGAUCACGAUUAUCCACACACCGGGACACACUCCCGACUCGCUUACCUGGUACGAUAAAGAUUCUCAUCUCAUUUGCGUUGGGGACAGCUUCUAUGAGGCUUCUUCUACGGAUACGCAAGAAUGUGAAGUGGAAAAGACGAUCCGGGCACCGAUUCUCUUCGAGGAGAGAAGUCAUUUGUUGAGUUGGUGGAGGAGUUUGGACAAAGUGUUGGAAUUUGUAAAACAGGAAAACGUUCGAUUGGCAAGCCAUCACACGCAGCUUGGGGCACCGCCACGCGUGGCUAUAUCUGCCUCUCAUGUUACGACAACCUCGCCGGAUGCUGUGCGAUUCCUACUAUCGAUUCAAACUUUUAUGAUUCGUAUCCUCCGAGCUGAAGUGCCAACCACGCCACUUGAUGCUGCCAGGCUCCCUUUCCAAGACGUCAUGGUUUAUGAUGAUGGCCCCGGAUCUGCAUCAUCCAAUGAUUUUGAGUGGAUUGUUUGGGCACCAAAGCGCAUAAUUGAUGAGGGCAUCGAGGAACUAAGGGGGGAAUAUUGA